GAUUUGCCUAUGCUUAGUGUUAUGAAGUACGUACGCGCAGCUUUUAAAAAGAAAAAGUAGUAUGUUCGUUGAUAUGCUGUGUGUUUUAAAUGAGAAUGUUGAUAUGCUGCCGCGUCUCUACUCGGGUCGCAACGGAAUCAGGCAGCGAGAGUUGUCACGUGAUUCGCAAAUGAAUGAAUGAGUUGAGUUGUUGCACUCCUCUAACAACAUCCAGAUCCAUCGUCGCAAGCAGAUCAGCGUCCGAACCUCUGUUAUAUUUCAGAGGAGUAUCUUUCGGUUCUGCCAGCAUCAAAGACGCUUGAAGCGAAGAAACGUGGAGCUGCACUUCUGAAAAAGCAGGAAGAAGAAGAUACUAACUACGAUGAUGAUUUCGAUGUGCCAGAAGAUGAGGAGGACCUUGGUGUGACUGGAACUACAAGAAAGACUGCUUCCAAAG